UAUUCUUCUCAAUCAUGUUAUCAAGCAAAAUUUAGUUUAAUACCAACAAUUGGUAUCAAAGCCCCAACUGGGGUAGAGAGAGCAUAAGGAAGCUUGCAGCAGCAAGAAUUAAUGGCAGGAGAAGGAAGUAGCUUCAUGCAACCAGCGAUUCCACGCUUCGAUGGCCAUUAUGACCACUGGAGCAUGUUGAUAGAAAACUUCUUGAGGUCCAAGGAAUAUUGGGGCCUAGUGGAGAAUGGAAUCACACAGUAUGCAGAGUUGACAGAAGCUCAAUUGAAAGCCCUAGAGGAUCAGAAAGCUCAAAGAUUUGAAAAUCAAGAACUAUCUCUUUCAGGCCAUUAAUAGAGCUAUAUUGGAGACCACCUUGAAGAAAGAUACAGCGAAGGAUAUAUGGGAUUCGAUGAAGAAGAAAUAUCAAGGCACGGUGAAAGUCAAGCGUGCCCAACUUCAAGCUCUUCGCAAAGAGUUUGAGAUGUUCAAUAUGAAGGUUGGAGAGUCAGUUGAUGAGUAUUUUGGAAGGCCUCUAACCAUGGCUAACAAGAGGAGGAUCAAUGGAGAGAAGUUGGAAGAUGUAGUUGUUAUCGAAAAGAUUUUGAGAUCAAUGACACCAAAGUUUGACUAUGUGGUGUGUUCGAUUGAAGAAUCAAAAGAUCUUGAUAAUCUCUCUAUUGAUGAACUACGAAGCAGUCUUCUGUUACAUGAACAAUGGAUGAAUGGCCAUGCAAUGGAAGAACAAGCAUUGAAGGUGAGCCAAGAGAAUCACUCUCCAGGGAGACGAAGAGGAAGAGGUCCAGGAGGCUUUCGAGGACGUGGAAGAGGACGCCAAGGAUCAUUUGAUAAAUCAAAUGUGAACUGUUACUACUACCAUGAAAUGGGACACUUUCAAUAAGAGUGUCCCAAAAAGGGGAACGAAAAAAAAGCCAAUGUAGCUGAAACUGAAGAAGAGUUGUUGCUGAUGGCAUAUGUAGAAGUCAAGGGAAAACAAAUCAACAACACAUGGUAUUUGGAUUCAGGCUGUAGCAAUCACAUGAGUGGAACCAAGAAGAUGUUCACCAAACUUGAUGAGAAGUUCAGGGAGAAUGUAAAGCUUGGUAAUGAUUCAAGCUUAAAAGUACAAGGUAAAGGAGAUGUCAAAAUUAAAGUCAAUGGUGCUGUACAAAUCAUAUCAUGUGUGUUC